AUGUCUGACACCUUGCCUUUCCACCCGACCAUCCAACGCUGGUUUGCUGAUCAAUAUCCCGCACCCACUGAAGUGCAACAAGCCAGCUGGCCGCUGCUGGCCAGCGGUCAGCACGCCCUCAUUACAGCGCCCACCGGCAGCGGCAAAACCCUCACCGCCUUUUUGUGGUCGCUGAGUCAGUACGCCUCAGGUAACUACCACACCGGGCAAACCAAGGUGUUGUAUAUCUCGCCUUUGAAAGCCCUGAACAAUGAUAUCCAGCGCAACCUCACCACGCCGCUGGCGCAGUUGACAUCUGCUUACGGCUUCCCGCAGUUGAAGGUACAAACCCGCUCAGGAGACACCCCCCAGAGUGAGCGACAACGCAUGCUGCGAACGCCGCCGGACAUACUCAUCACCACGCCGGAAAGUCUUGGCCUGUUGCUGACCACACGCAAAGGUCAGAUUGCGCUGAGUCAGGUUCAGACCGUCAUCCUUGAUGAGAUUCACGCCCUGGUCGAUAACCGUCGCGGCGCAUCUUUGAUGGUCAACAUCGAGCGUCUGGCAGAUUUUGCCGGAGAAUUUCAACGCAUCGCAUUGUCAGCCACCGUGUCACCACUGGAGGCAGUGGCGGAGUAUGUUGCGGGCCAUACCCCCCAGGGACAACUUCGACAGGUGCAGGUCGUCAACACACCCGGCGCAAAGAAAAUCGAUUUCCGCAUUACCUUUCCUCCGGACGCCAAGCAGGCAGCCGAAAACGGCGAGAAGAUCUGGGAACCUUUAUCAAAGAGUUUCAAGGCAACCAUUGCGGACAACACCUCCACCCUGUUCUUCACCAACAGCCGCCGCCUGGCAGAAAAAAUAACCCUAAAAAUCAAUGAAGAAGAACCAGAACCUCUUGCCUAUGCACACCAUGGCUCGCUGGCCAGAGAGGUGCGCACUGAAGUCGAACGACGCCUUAAAGCCGGCGAGCUGAAAGCCAUCGUAGCGACUAAUUCUCUGGAAAUGGGUAUCGAUAUCGGCGCCCUGGACGAAGUGGUUCUGGUGCAAUGUCCGCCAUCGGUUUCAGCCUGCCUGCAACGCAUCGGCCGAGCCGGUCAUCAGGUGGGCGAAGUCAGCACAGGCACUUUGUUUCCUACCCACGCCCACGAUUUCCUGGAAGCCGCGGUGCUGGCCCAGGCGAUUGCGGCCCGCGACAUUGAACCCCAGCAGAUGAUGCGGGGGCCGCUGGAUGUUCUUGCACAGUUAGUCAUUUCGAUCUGCGCGAACGAGCCAUGGCCUGUGGACCAGAUCUACCGGCUGAUCACCCGCGCCGCGCCCUAUCAUCAUCUGCAACGUGAACAAUUUGACCAGCUGAUUGAAAUGCUCGCCGGGCGCUACAGUGGCAGCCGUAUCCGGGAGCUGCGCACGCGGCUGGAUUUUGAUCGCAUACAGCAGACCGUAAAAGCCAAUCGCGGCGCGGUGCUGGCCAUGUACAACUCAGGCGGCACCAUCCCGGACCGUGGCUAUUAUCAGUUACGACACGCUGACCAUGGCGCAGUGCUUGGCGAGCUGGACGAAGAAUUUGUCUGGGAGGCUAGCGUUGGUCAGACCUUUACCCUGGGUACCGCUGCCUGGCAGAUCAAGCAGAUCACGCACAACGAUGUGCUGGUCCGUCCGGCGCCACCGGAUCGGGCUGCACCGCCCUUCUGGCGGAGCGAGUUUUUUAACCGAUCGCUGCAUUUUUCAAAUCGAAUUACGCAAUACCUGGAACACGUUGAAGACCGGUUAGGCAAUAACGACAGCCAGGGGUUGCUUGAUGAUCUCACUGAAACUGACGGCUUUGAUGAUAUCGCGGCGGCAGAGCUUGUCGAUUACCUGCAACGCCAGCGCGCCCAUACCCGGAGCGAAUUACCCCACCGACAUCAUUUACUGGUGGAACUGGUGCGCACGGGACCCGCGGGUUACCACGGCCCGAAUGAUCCCCGGCAGGUGGUGCUGCACACCUUCUGGGGAGGCCGUUUGAACCAGCCAUGGGCAAUGGCCAUUCAAGCCGCCUGGCAGGCGCGCUUUGGCAGCAAACUCGAGAUACACGCAGAUAACGAUGCCAUUGUGGCGCAAAUUGAGGGAGAGCUGGACCCGCACGUUCUGCUAACACUCGUUACGCCAGCCAACUUUUCUGCGUUAUUUCGGGGCAGCCUUGAACUGUCGGGUUUCUUUGGCGCACGCUUCCGGGAAUGCGCCGGACGCGCACUGUUACUGACCAAAGCAAAGUUUAAUCAACGCCUGCCUUUGUGGAUGAGCCGUCUGCAGGCAAAAAAACUGAUGACCCAGGUCAAAAGCCUGGAAAAUUUUCCGAUCAUGAUCGAAACCUGGCGCACCUGUCUGGAUGAUGAGUUUGAUAUUCCCGCUUUACUGGCACGCCUGCAGGAACUGGAAAGCGGCGAGAUCCACUGGAGCUUUGUCGAAACCACCAGCCCCAGCCCGUUCGCCCGUAACCUGACCUUCGGCCAGGUCAGCCGCUACAUGUACGCGGAUGACACCCCGGAAGAUGAUGAACUGAGCAGCUUGAGCGCAGACGUCAUCAGUCAGGCUUUACACAAUGACGCGCUGCGGCCGCGGAUUGAACGUGAGGUCAUUCAACAAUUCGAAGCCAAGCGUCAGCGACGCUUCCCAGGUUACGAACCCAGCCAUCCAGAUGACUGGUCAGCAUGGCUGAAAGAAAGAAUCCUGAUUCCAAUCAACGAACUGCCAGAAACCCUCCCACCAAUGGAUUAUCUACGCUGGAUAGAGGUCGGCAAGCGACGCUGGGCCACCCACGCAGAACUCGAGCAGGGUUUGUAUACCUGCGGUCUGGUGCCAGGUGAGGCGCCUGAAAACAGUUUUGCUAUCAGCGAGUUACGCACGGAUGUAGAGAUUGCUCGCGAAAUACUGUCGUUCUAUGGCCCGCUGUCGGAAACGGACAUUUCUCAACGUCUGCCUUCAAUCCCGGAAGGCCUGUUCAACGUUGAUGAAACGUUCAUUCAGGGUCUGCUGAUCGCCGGUGAUGACACAAGCUACUGGUGUGAUGCACAGAACUUUGAAUCGCUGAUGCGCUUCGCGCGCGCCGCGCAGCGCACUGAAUUUGCAGCACUGCCGGUAACUCACCUGCCGGGGUUCUGGGCCAGCUUUCAACAGUUUGGUCGACGUUCUGAACCGCAGUCGCUGCUGUCUGUUCUGGAAAGGUUGCGCGCGCUGCCCUGCACAGUUUCAACCUGGUGGUAUGACCUGUUACCCGCCCGUCUGUCCGGCAUGCAGGCCAGCGUCUGGGAUACUGAAAUUCCAGACUAUGGGUUUACCUGGGUCGGCGCAGGCAAAGAACAGAUAGCCGUUGGCUUCCCCGAAGACCUUGAAUUACUCAGUGACAGUCAAGCCAGAGCCGAUUUUGCAGACAGCUUUGUCGACCCUAGCGCGGGGUACCGUUUCGAAGACCUGGCGCAACAACAGUCAAUCAGCCGCAAUGCCUUUAAUAACCAGUGGUGGCAGGCCGUCUGGCAAGGCGGGUUACACAGUGAUACGUUUGCUUCCAUACGGAUCGGGUUAGAGCGCAAAUUCACCUUGCAGGCCCCACCGGCACAAAUCUCAAGCCGGCGUCGAAUGCGCAUGUCCGCACCUGGCUGGCCAGGCAACUGGCUGCUACCGCGCAGCAAAUCACCGCUGGAUGCGUUAAGUCGUUUGGAAGCGGACAAAGAAAUUGUUCGCCUGCUGCUGGACCGAUAUGGCUGGGUCAACCGGGAAAUUGUCAAUCGUGAACGUUUGCCUUACGGUGCAGAAGGCAAAACUCUGCGUUGGCGCAAUGCCUUCCGCGCAUUACGCGUAAUGGAACUGUCAGGCGAAGUGCUGACUGGACACUUCUUUGAACAACUCUCUGGCCCACAAUUCAUUACUGCCAGCGCAUAUGCACAGCUGCAAAACCCAGCCGCCCCCGACAGCUGGUGGCUCGCAGCCAAUGACCCGGCGUCACCCUGUGGCCUGGGGCUGGACUGGCCGGAGCUACCGCAACGGCGGGCAAAUAAUUAUCUGAGUUUCGCCGCGAAUAAAUUAAGCGCGGUGAUCAUCAAUGGUGGCAAACAGAUUCAGUACUACAUUCCUGCAGAUGAUCAAUCACUACCUGUGGUUAACGCAGUGCUGGCACAUCUGGUCAACUAUCGCCGUCUGCACGUACAGAUUGAAAGUAUCAACCAGGUACCCGCACGCAGCAGCCCGUACCUGAGCGCUCUGCAAAGCCAGUUUGAGGUGGCUUCAGAUCACAAAAGUGUAACGCUGCAACCAGGAUUCUGA